AUGAGUGGAUACGAUAGUGCAUUGUCAAUUUUCUCGCCUGACGGACAUGUUUUCCAGGUCGAAUACGCAUCCGAAGCAGUCAAGAGAGGCACCUGUGCCGUCGGUGUCAAAGGAAAAGACUGUGUUGUUUUGGGAUGUGAAAAGAGAACCACAUUGAAAUUACAAGAUCCAAGAAUCACUCCCUCCAAGAUAUGCAAGGUGGACAACCAUGCAUUGUUAGCAUUUGCAGGUUUGAAUGCUGAUGCCAGAAUCUUGGUGGAUAAGGCCAGAGUUGAAGCACAAUCACACAGAUUAACAUUGGAAGAUGCGGUGUCCAUUGAAUAUUUGACCAAGUACGUGGCCGGUGUGCAACAGAAGUAUACCCAGUCGGGAGGUGUGAGACCCUUUGGUAUUGCCACCAUAAUCGCUGGCUUCGACAGCAACGACACCGUGCCCAAAUUGUUCCAAACCGAACCUUCUGGGGUCUAUAAUGCAUGGAAAGCGGGUGCAAUUGGUAGAUCGUCCAAGACGGUAAGAGAAUUCUUGGAGAAACAAUACAAGGAAAACUUGGACGACGAAGAGACCAUCAAGCUCACCAUAAAGUCGUUGUUGGAAGUGGUGCAAACCGGGGCCAAGAAUAUCGAGGUUUCCGUCUUAAAGUCCGAGAACAGAAUCACCAAGUUGACUAUUGACGAAAUUAAGAAGUACGUUGAUGAAAUCGAGGCUGAAAAGGAAGCAGAGGCCGAAAAGAAGAAGCCUAAGUCAAAGGAUUGA